AUGUCUACUUUGAAAACUUACAAAAGGUCAAAUAAUGCUGAAGUUGAAUUUGAUAAUGCAAAAAAUCAAUAUCUUGCUGCAAUAGACAAAUUAUUUAAAGUUGCUUGCGCGUCUGAUGAUCAUGCAAAAGCUUUUAAGAUUCUUGAAAAAAUUCAAGAUGAAGGUGACAAUCGGACUAAAGGUUCAAUAAAAUUUAAAUUAGGAAUACUCUUACUUGGCGGUUUUGGCUGCACAAAAAAUAUCAAUGAAGCACAAAAAUUAAUUAAAGAAGCCUCUAAACAUGGUCAUACUCAUGCUAGUGUUUGGGUUAAAACUUAUAAUUCAUCUGCUGAUUUUGGUGCAAAAUUAGAUAAUGGUGCAUUUAUUGUUCAACCUGCUAAUAAUAAAAAGUAUGAAAGAUAUGAAACGCCAGUUUUUAAUAUUUUGCCCGAAAAGAAACAACAAAUUAAUAUAGAGUACAGAGGUCGUAAAUUCAAUGUCGUGUAUAAAUUGCAAGAAAAUGACAACAAUAAUAAUCAAAGUUAUCCUCAACCUCAAUCAUACUAUUAUAAAGAACCAGAUCUACAUAAUGAAGGAAAUUGGAACAGAGUUCAACUUUUAUCAGACUUGAAUAGUUUGAAAACCGUUGUAUUAGAUGAACUACAAGAAAUAUUAUUGAAAAGAGAAUUAGACUCUUUUGUUAAUGACAAAAAGUUUUACAAGAGAAUUGGUUUGCCUUAUCGACGUGGUUUUCUUUUAUAUGAUAAACCCGGAACUGGAAAAACUACAUUAAUAAAUGCCAUAUCAUCUUAUUUGUCACGAGAUCUCUAUUAUCUUAAUCUCAAAGAAAUUAAAAAUGAUAAUGAUAUGAGUGCCGCUUUUAGUUUUGUUCCACCAAAUCAAAUAAUUGUUUUUGAAGAUGUUGAUACACAAUUAAAUAUUCUUUAUAAAAGAGGUGUUAGUCACCCAAAUUAUUAUAACUUUAUAUCUGAAGAUUUUAUAAAAGAAAAUGAUGAUCUAUCAAAAUAUAAGGAUUUAUUUUCAUUUAUUAGUUUAUCUAAUUUUCUUAGAUGUUUGGAUGGGCAAAUAUUAUCAGAAGGCACGAUAAUUAUCAUGACAACUAAUCAUAUUGAACAUCUUGAUCCCGCAUGA